AUGAAUUCUCAAUUUGUUCGAAUAAUUCUUCCCACGAAUAAAAAUAUUCAGCUGCUUGCUCCAUUACAACAAUCAACAUUACAGCAUCCUCAAUCGUGCAUAUCUGGACAGAUCCGUCUGAUUAAUUCAAAUGCUUCAGUUAUGAUACCUGCAACUGCAUCUUCACCAUUGGAAGCUAAUGUUGCAUCACGUUUACCUCUAUCUUCAUCGAAUACAAAUCAACAAAUAUUGCAACAAACGUGUUCAUCAAUAGAAGUAGCAGCUUCGUGUCAAGAUCGAUUAGAAACAUCGAACAUGGCUGAAACUGUUGCAUUCGAGAAUAAUUCUGUACAAUCUGAUCCAAUAUCAAAUAUAGGCAGAUUUUCAUGUUGUACAGGUCAAAAAAAAUUCAAACGUAGUAAAAAUUGGUCUGAAGAGGAAACAGCUAUUUUUAUCAACAUAUGGAGCGACCAUUACACAAAUUUGAUGACUGGUGGAUCAAGAAAUUCUCCGAUUUAUCAAUCCAUGGCGCAACAACUUAAACAAUUGUUGCCAACAAGAGUAAUGACAGGUGCUGAUGUAAAAUCGAAAAUAACCAAUCUUGUUGCCGAGUAUAGAAAAAAGAAGAAAGAACAAGGUAAAACAGGUAGUAGUCCAUCGUCAUGGCGAUAUUUUGAUCAGAUCGAUAAACUUCUUGGUGAAAGACCAUUCAAUGAUGAGAGUCUUAUGUCUGAUUCAAUAUCUCUUCAGCAGGAACAACUUCUUCAAGAUAUUGAAAAUACUUCAGUUUCUGAUUUGCAUCUCAAUUCAUUUUCUGAAGAUACUGAUGAUAAUAUAUCAAGUAUAAUCAAUGAAAUUGAAGAAUCUACAAAUGAUAUUGAAAAUCGAUCAUGGACCUCAAAGAGUCCAUCUAAUUCAUCAUCAACACAAAAAAAAACCUCCAUGAACACACCUGAUGUAUCGAAUAAGAAAACUUUUUUAUCAAAAAAGAAAAAACCAGCAGAUAUGCGAAUUGAUCUCAUACAACAAAUGAUUAAUAAAAUUGAUAGUGCUAACGAGAUUGCUGCUAGAGCAGAAACAAAAGCAUUAGCUUUAUUGGAAAAACAAACGAAAUUACAAGAAGAAAGCUUGAACAACGAAAAAGAAUUUUUAAAUGUCUUUAGAACUAUUGCAAGAGGUUUUAAUACAUUUCCGUAAAUAUUCUUAUAUGAUUUAUUUCCUACUCUUGACUGUCUUAAUGAAUAUACAGGAUGAUUGAAAAGUAAAUCCCUAUUUUAAAUCCUUUAUUAUUCUUGAAAAAGAAAAGACAUGAUAAUAUUUUUUUUACUGUUUUGGAGCAUGGUCUAUGCCAUUUUCUUUUAUAUAAGAAAGACCAUUAAUUGGUUGAGUGU